AUGAAGAUUUCAGAAAUACCUGACCUACCAUGGAAAGCAGUAGGAACAGAUUUAUUCCACUGGAACAACAACAAUUAUCUAAUGGUUGUUGAUUAUUACUCAAGAUAUUUUGAGAUAGCAAAGCUUGAAAAUACAAAAGCUACAUGUGUCAUCAAUCAUUUGAAAUCAAUUUUUGCAAGACAUGGGAUUCCUCAAUAUGUUAGGAGUGACUGUGGUCCACAAUACACAUCAGCAGAAUUCAACAUGUUCAAGAAAUUUGCAGAAGAGUGGGGAUUCACACAUCAGAAAUCCAGUCCAAACUAUCAACAGUCAAAUGGUCUUGCAGAGAGAUUCGUGCAGAGUGCAAAAAACAUGCUAAACAAAGCACACAAAGAAGGCAAAGAUCCGUAUCUGAGUAUGCUAGCAUACAGGAACACACCAAUUGAAGAUGUAGGAUCACCGGCGCAACUUCUGAUGAAUCGAAGACUCAGAUCUACAAUUCCAGCAACAAACAAAAUACUUCGACCAAGAUGCGUAAAUCUGAAAACAACUAGAGAAAAAAUACAAAACUCGAAGCAAAAACAGAAGUUUUACUACGACAGAAAUACAAAACCAUUGGAGUACCUGAAGAAAAACGAAACCGUCAGAAUUCAACUUGAAAAAGGAGGAAAAUGGAACCCUGGUAAAAUAGUUGACAAUCAUGAUGUCGAGCCUAAUUCGUUUCACGUGAAAACAACAGAAGGUGCAAUUUACCGACGGAACAGAAGACACAUUAUGAAAACCAAAGAAGACUUCGAUGAUAAAGAAAUCGAAAUCGAAGACAAUCCAGAGAUCGUUGCGAAUGAGACGUUUCCUGGAAAUAAUGACAACGUAGAUAACCGAGAGACAACUCCAGUUGUAAGAAGAACAUGA